AUGUUGAAGACGCCUCAUGCAGAGACAUUUCAUUUGGUGCAAUAUGAAGGCCCAGUCAGUGGUGGCAAUUGGACAGCACUCUUUCAUUUCCCAACUUCUCUUGGUGUUCCAGAAACGGACCAUGAUAACUGGCAGAGAAUUGAGUCCAAGUUUAGUGCUGACAAUUCAAGAGUUUCAACAUUGUCUCUCACUGGCUUGUCAUUCACGGCUGUUGUCUGCGACAACCAUGAUAACUGGCAGAGAAUUGAGUCCAAGUUUAGUGCUGACAAUUCAAGAGUUUCAACAUUGUCUCUCACUGGCUUGACAUUCACGGCUGUUGUCUGCGACAGUUUGUUUAUUUGGGGAAAUGCUCUAUUCUUCAGUCCAGAUGGUGGAAUUUCCAUUCACUGGCUGACUGGUUUUCCUGGUAAUUCAACGAUAAUGGUGUUCACUUCCUCUGCGUCUGAUGGAACGUUUGCAUUCCUUACAGACAUUCAAGAGGUGGGGUUUGUUCGUAUUGUGUAUUGUGUCUGGGUGGGCCAAGCAGGCUCGGCUGAGGUUCAACGCCUUAAAAGCACUCUAGGCGAAAACGCGCUCGCUCCAGGCUUCCAUUCUCGCAACAGUUCAUUCGUUCUGUCGAUAUUCUUUGACACAGCUAGAAGGUUGCAGAAGAUUGUAGCUGAAGGGAGAGAUGAUGGUGGCGAGACAAAGUGUAUCUCUCGUGAGGAAAUUCCUGUUGGCAAGAUUAUCUCUCGGCAAAUAUUCGCUCAGAAACAAGAAGAAAAUGUAAGAAACUAUCAAAACAACAAGACCAAUUUAACGUCUUGCCUCCAGAAACCUUCAACCAAUCAGAAUCAACUGAACAUUGUAGAGCGCGCAUGUCCCUUCGCGCGGAUCGCAUUUCAGGCUACACACGAUGUGUUAUAUACAAGAAAGUGCUUCUACAAAUUUCAGCCGACUGUGCAAUGGGACGGCAGUCUCGUUCAGAAGAGCGCCACCCUUCAUGAAUACUUCAAUAAAGUGAGCAAGGCUGUUGACGCGGACUGCAGCGGCAUAAGUCAAGAUAGAAGACAGGCCACGAAGGAUGAUUUACCGGAUGUGAUUCAGCUUGGACGAUCCGAGUGGUACUCGUUUGUGUUUUAUCUUUAUUUGGAACACGGCCAAGUUGAAACCAGCAUGCACCCGUGGAGUCUCUCUCAUCUCCAGGCCUCGCUUCAUGUGUCAGACGCCACGGUUCUGAAUGUAACGUCGCUGAGAACGGAACUGAUUCCCCAAAAAGCAGUCAAAUAUGCGGUAACCUUGCAAGAUGGCGGAGUCAGACUCACACAAUACCGCCCGGGCGAAGGACUCGCGCCUGCCUCUUUACAUAUUAAGAUUUGGAAUUCUGGUUUGUCUUGUAGCACCAGUUAUGGCAGUAGGGGCGCUCUUCAGGGUUCGUAUGCAGUGGCUGUGCUUCUCGGGUGUCCCGCGGGUCGCAAGCUGGUGUUUGAUCCGGAGGCCUCCAAGACCGCUUCGGGCAGAGAGCAUUUCUGCUCUCCCGUUCAUGGUGUACCGUGUUUCUAUUUUUAUCGAGAUUUCCUUCCAGUGUUCAAAGUAUUUGACCUAGCCACGGGACAGAUAAACCAGUUUCAUGGAAAAUAUGAACUGAAGAUUAUAUCGAACCUGGAAGAGACACAAAAUCGACUAGAUUUGUGUAGCUUUAUUCUCUCAUGGAGUUUUUCAUCUUCGCCCAAUUACAGUUCCACGGCUUCUUUGAUCUGGGCAUCCAAAUUAAAGACUUUAGGAGAUAUCCCUGUAUUUGACAGUGAAACAAAUGGCAUAAGCUGGUUGUGCGGCACACAGAGUCCUUGUGCUGAUAUUGGCCCAAACUUUCCUGGAAAUGCUGAGUAUUAUUUCAAAUUGGAGUUUUCAAACAGGAUUGUGGAUGCCGAUUCUUCAAACUGUGACUUUACGAUCCGAUUCCUAAUACGAGUUCAUGGCUUGCCACCAGGCUCAUUUAACCCGUCCUCUGUUAUUGUUCUGUCUUGUCUAGGUAUCUUGGCCACUCUCAUCUUAACGUUCUAUUUAUUGAAACGUCAAGACGCCAAGCUAUGGAGACAGCUUAAGAGUGUGCUCUCUGUGUUUCGACAAGUGUCUGUCCUGUGUAGGAUAUUUAACCUGAGUGGGGUUAGGUUGCGCAGAAUGAUGGGUACGCGCAGAAAUAGGGUCGACCCUCUAGCUGGAGAAGUUCGACUAGAAACCAUUCAUCAAGGUAAGGUGCUGAAAAAAUAGUUAUCACACGAAAAAACCCGUUUGACAAUGUAGUCAUUUUCUGUGCAGUUCACUUAAAGAUCUACUCCGGCAAUUUGAUAGGCUGAAUUAAUUCUUGGAGCGAAGUUUCGAAUUUCCUAAAUGGAUGUCCUGAUCGUAGGUAAGCGGCAUCGUUGAUGAACGUUUUCUUUUCUUCUUUUCGCGUUUUCAGAAAUGAAUGCAGAAACUGAAGGCUGUGAUGAUGCCUCCAUCGACAUAAAAGGAAACUCUUCGGAGCAGCAUAAAUAUUUGACCACAAACGUAUGACUUACUAUGAGACCGUUUUUUUCAUGUGGACGGAAAGCGUACUGGCCUUGACUAUUAGCUUACAGUACAGCCACAGUAUUACCUGCUGUAGCUCAAGUUCAGCUGUUUUGGGCAUUACUUCAAGGCGAAUUUUGGACGUCUCUUGAACAAUGAAGACUUGAGCUGGCGAAGACAGAUUAGUUCCCAGGGUUGUAACUCAUGGAGUUGAAUAUAUCAUCGUUAGUAUUUCAAGCUUGAACGUAGAAUCGGAUAACCUUAUUCCCAGGAUCUUUUCAAGGUUACAGCACAGGCUGUCUAGUACCUUGCUUACCCUUGCGCGUCUUUAUUUCGUUCUUAGAGCUCCCACUGUUGUAAUUCUUCUGCUUCUGUUGUAAACACCAGAAAGUUUCGCAGUAUGUUUGAUCUGUGUUUUUAGCUGGAAGUUUUCGCAUUCGUCUUGAUUCAGUUCCUUUGUUUUCUUAUUAAAUUGUUUCUCUGAAUGGAGUGGCAGUUGUCAGUUGUGUUUGGUAAUCUUUACUUAUCCGGCAGUUAUCCCUGAAAUCUCCUAGUUCGCUUGCUUGUAUUUAGCGGAAAUCUCCCCUUUUGUAUUCCCUUAGUGGAGACAACGUGGCCGAGUGGUUAUACGGUUAAGGCGCCGGACUUGAAAUCCCGAGG